GAUAGAACAAAAUGUCGAGCAAAUAAUGUGGCUGAAGUUGAAAAAUAUUGUUUCGGAGCAACAAUAUUUGCUUCCCCCUUUGUAUAAUUGCAUAUACAAUUGUGCAGUUUCUUCUAAAAAUCAAUUUCCUAAGACCAAUUGUACUAAUUAUAGCUUUUUUACACAAUCAAUUUACGUAGCAUUAAUUGUCACUGCCCAGUGUGAUUUUAUAAAAGUGAUAUGUAUAAUCAAUUCGUUAAUCAAGAUUUUUCAAUCAGGUAGAACAAAAAUUUUGCGAAGCAAGAGAUGUGGAUAAUUAGCUUAAAUAAAUAUUGAAAAUGCAGUCUAGAGUAAUUAAUAAGGAUUUCAACAUAAUCCCAAGAACGAUAAAAGAAAAUUGUUAAAUAAGUGCUGAUUGAGAAGAAAGAAUCUAAUUAAGGAAAUCUCGGCACAAUCAGCGAGACAUGGAUACUAAUUACAGAGCAAACAUCGCAAAGUGGCUGCCACUUUCCGAUGGCCUCCUCGAUCAAUGGCUCGUCGACGCUUCUCUUUUGGAUGAGAAACUGGGAAAGCUUGCAGGAUGCAUAGCUUUAAUCAUCGAGGACUUCGCAGAGGCUCGAAUUUGCGAACAGGAGGUAUUUGAAGAAAUACUAGACAGCUUGGAGGAAUUAAUAAGAAAUUAUAAAUUGACAUGCAAUCCGAAGGAGUUAAGCACCCAUCCAAUAUAUAAAUAUAAAAUGAAUCAUCUGUCAAUAAUAUUAAAGCGCAAGCUCAAUGUCGUCGCGAAAUUCAUCCAAGAUUUAAUCACUAACAUAGUUGAUUGUAAAAGUGAGGAGAAUAUAAGAAUAACAUUUAGGUUGGUAAAUGCUUACAACAGUAUGCUCGAUGUGGAUCGAAAUGUAUCAGACUCGUCCGUCAAUGUCUUUUACAAUGAUUGUCCAUCCAUGUUGGAGCCGCUGAAGAAGAUCUCCGUAACCAGAAUAUUGCAAAUAUUAGCAAAAAACAGAGCGGAGGAAUGUUGUCACGAACUUAUUGACUGUCUCCUUGCAAAUUACGAACCUCAUGAAAAAAUAGAGCCAUCAUCUACGACGAAUGACGUAGACGUUUCAGAAAACUCCAGUAUCGAGAUUUAUCGUGCUCUUACGAGACAUUUAACGCCGCCGAUCGCAAGUGCGACAUCAACAUCCGAAAUAGAGGCUUCCAAUAUCGAAAGCGUGCAGACAAUCGUGAAUACGCAGAACGAGCAGGUCCUUAAACUUUUAAAUGUUGUGCAAGGGAUCUCUCCGCGACUGCUUGGCACAGAUGCUUUAAAAACUUGCAAUGGUGGCGAAACAAAAUUAAGAAACAGCGCGAUAAAAAAAGUAAAGAGCUAUUAUCAAGAGGUUGCAUGGGGUGCACUGUCUAGUAUUUUGGAUCAUGUGAUACUGUGGUGGUCCCGAGAAGCCCUUGCGACUCAUCACUGCCACGGUGCUCAGCAUCUCAAGGAUUGGUUGCGACAAUUCAUUCAAGGAAACGAAAUUCCACCUACAGUUAGAUCAGCGCUGCAGAAUUUAUGCGAUGCACUCGGGUACCAUACGACUAUCACUGCCUGGGAUCAAACGUUUAGACUAGCUUACACCUCGGCUUUCGACUGCCGUUCGAAACCAUCAUCUACAGAGGGAACCGACACGGGCCAGAUGUUUGUUGAGUUGUUUCAUUUGUUGGGUACCCUCAGCAAUGAAUGUGAAAUCGGCGGCGAGUGGGUGAUAGGAGCACCUUUGAUAGAAUUACCAUUAUCAGAGCAGAUCGUGGUGUUGCAUAGAAUGGACCAUUCAGUGCACACAGUAAGAUUGUGGGCUAUUCAAGAGGCUAAGAUUAUAGCCCAUACCUGGGACCUUGAUGUAUUUUUUCUGCUAGUCAAAGGUGACAUAGUGAACUGCCUUGAAGAAUUAUCUUAUCUCAAGCUCGCUGAUCACACGAAUGCAUUGUCCGCGGAUUCUAUUAGCGUUCAAGUAUAUGUGUGCGCGAAGAUGAGAGCGAAGAUCGUCUCCGAAGUCAAGGCAAAUGUCGAAUUGCUUCAGAUUUGUUCCGCUAAGUGCAUCAACACUCUUGCUAAGAUUUGUCGUGUAGUCAGCCUCGCGAAUUUACACAUGUGCUUUCCACAACCGAAUUAUUGGAGACAAAAUAGCAGCGUACCUCCGGUAACUGCCAGUCUUUACGUGGAAGUUUACUUUGAAAAAGUGUUGCUACCUGUAUUGGAAGUAAUAGAGGACCAUGAAACAUCAAAUAUGAUUCUACGAAUAAUGUGCGAAGCGUGGCUCGAUUAUAUCUAUCUGCAUCGCAUCAAGUUUAGCGAAUAUGGGGCGUAUCAGCUAUUGACGGAUUUUGCACACGUAUCGACAUGGGUUACAGAAUGUUCGAUCAUUUCGCAAAAUGUUAGGAAUCAUUUGUUGAAGAACGAGGUUUUGCGGCGUUGUGAAGGAGUUGGACGACUUCUCUUGAGACAUCCGGGCGAAGCUAUCGCGAUGCGCAAACGAUUGGCUCGGAGAAAUGAGCGCGGGUCGCCUGAAUCUCCAGGUUUAGAACGUAUGCCAGCCGAAAUGUAUGUUCCGAAUCAAGAACAAUGGCUUGAAUUGCGUGCUCCUAAGCGAAACUACUUUUGCUGUACAGAAUAAAAAAAUAAAUGAUGAA